AUCAAGUUAGAGACUAGAGUGACGGGGACUGUCAGCCACCUCACUGUGUGUUGGUACACAGUCAAGAGACUUUAAAGUUUGAGAGUGAAGGCAGAAAAAGUUUGCUUGUCGAGUUAUAUCCUAGUUGCUGAUAGUCUGAGUCAAACCGCACAGCCAUGGAGUGGGGAUUACCAUGUCGGACAUCACUUUGGAGAAAGAAGCUCAUCUUUUGGUUUUGUUCCGUUCUGGUUAACAUAGCUGGAGCUAAAGGCGAGAUGUCCCACGCCCACCCCACGCUGAGUGUUUCAGCCCCCCACCUGUACUACACGUGUCCCGAGGGUGCAACUGCCAAACUGGUUUGUGGCCAGAGAGGUGCAACCUUGUACCCCAACGAUGUCUUGAAGCACAGCUGGCUUUUCACACCGCACAGUGACCAACACUGUAUAGGAGGACAGGGCCCACGCCAUAUUAUCAUUGGUAGUCAUUCACAUGGCAACCACAGCUUGCCGCCGGGUUUGCAAUUUGGAUUUGCGGAGCAUAGCUUCUGGGUGGUUCUGCAGAAUGUGACCCACGCUGACCAGGGUCGCUACUGCUGUCUGCUCCUAGACUUCCAGAUUGAACAUAAACAUGGCUCCAUCGUGCAGAGACCCCAUAGCCACAUUAUUCUCCAAGUUACACCACGGAGAAAUGGAUCUCAAGAUUGCACUGUCUGGGAUCCCACACCACCUGAAGGCUCUGUGGCAGUGGCCCUGGCCAUAGCAGCCUGCAUCUUGGCUCUGCUUUCUCUGCCUCUUAUUCUGGUGCUUGUGUACAAACAGAGGCACAACGACCAGUCGAGCAGACGUGCACAAGAGCUGGUGAGGAUGGACAGUGAGGCUCAUGGCCAUGAGAACCCUGUGUUCCUUGGGGGAUCACCACAGAUUAAGACCCGUACCGUGUCUCAGAUCAUGACCAGGCAAUCCUCAGAGACAGGACGCAACCUGUUGUCUGAGCCCGGAACCCCUCUUUCUCCUCAUGUAUAUGGGGACGUAUUCUUCCCAAUAGAAGACACCAUCCCUGAGUCUCCAGACUUCCUGCAGGUUUAAUGAGGGUCGCUUCAACUGCUGAUCUGGAAAAAAGUCCUGCAACUCUCUUCCUCUUCUCUCUGCAUUCAGAGCAAUGUUUCCCUUAUGAACGGUCUCACAAUAACGUCUACUGGGAUUGUCUGGACCGCAGGAGGGAUCGGACAGCAUUUUUUAUCCAAAAACUAUUUCCACCUGCAACAACAGCUGGAGGCCAAAACAAACUUUUGCUUGUGAGAGCUUGUGUUGUGGGGGGGGGAGCUGGGGUUGUGUGUGAUAUUCCCUCUAAACAUUGACUCAUGGACCAACAAGUUCCCCGCUGCUUGAGAAGAGUUUUGAAGGUGUGAGGUUACAAGCUUGCCCAUAUAGUUACUCAACUGAUUGCUAGUCAUGGUAACAUGGUAUACACAUCAGCAUGUGAGUGCAGGAAUAUUAUCAUACAUCACGAAGUGAAAAGGGGUUUAAGCAGAAGUGUGCAUUGCUUGCAUCCUUCUCUGUGGCACUGUAAAAAUCAAAAAAACAUGGGGGCUGCACUGACAGCCGACUGUCUCUCUGAUGGUUCUGUUUCCCGGCCUUCCAUCAUUAUUCAUGACAGACGUGAUAUUAUCACUUGCUGAUAAAACUUAGUUUUGAUUUUCCCUACUUCGUCCAUGUAGCACUGAUGAUGAAGGGUGACAAUCAACAAAACUGUCCAGUGAAUGAGUCAUCUGUCACUUCAAUUGCAAUAAGUCAGUGAGAAAACAAAAUGGACUGGAAUCAAAAGACAACAGUACAUCCAUUUUUUUAACCAAACCACAGGUGUGAAAGCGACCUAAGGCUCUCUCUCAUCCCUGUCAUUGCAGUAAAGUCUCUCAAAGCUUCAUACCAAAGGAGGCUCAAGUUGACAGUGUUUUUAUGGCAUUACACUGUUUGUCUGUAUCAUUUCCACUUGGCCUCGGCUUCUUCUCUCUUUCCUCUUUGCUACCUCAGUUACUGCCAGCUCUGUCUGUGUCUCAAUACUUUCCUUCCUUUCCUGUAUUCUCAGAAACACAGCACUUCACAGUGGCCUUAAAUUUAUUCAUAAAGUGCUGUAAAUAGCAGUAUGUAUGUCGAAAGAAAACCUUUUGGGUCUUGAAUGUCAUUCAUUCUUAUGUACAGUUUAACAAUAAGAAUAGUGUUGAUUGAUUUGCUUUUGAAAGUAGCCUACAGAUUCCUAUUAAAAAAAAACCACCAUAGUAAAACUGUAAAAUCUCAAUGUUGUUUUUAGGAAUCUUUAUCUCAGUUAGUUUUUGUUUUUAUUUUGUCUUGAUUUAAUUGUUUGUUCAUAUUUUUAUCUGUGCAAUUGGAUGCAAAUUAGUAAAUACUAUGUGUGGAUGAAGGGCAUUGAAAUGUCAACCAAACCUUAUCAGUGUAGAUAGAAAGAAAAUGAGAAAAAGUGAUUGCAGGUGAUUACAAUAUUGAUAUUACUGUCUGUGGCUGAUUGUGAGAAACCACGGGUGGGUUUUAUUUAUAUUGAGGUAAAAUAUGCACAGCAGGUGCUCAGCAAAAAUCACUUCCGAAUCACAUGUAGCAGGUCAAUAGGACAAGGUAUAAUGUAUGUAUGUUUUUAAACACUUUGAUAAGAGUUCAUGGUCUCAUGUUUAAGUAUUUGUGUUUUCAUGUGUGCCCGUGUGUGUGUGUUUUCAAAUCUUGGGUUACAGUGUACACUGUUGUCUGGGUUGAAUAUGUGUGAGCAUACUUGUAUGUGAUAUAGAAUCUGUAUGUAUUUUUGUUUUAUACUGUAAAAAGCUUUAUUAAACAUAGAUAUAGAGCAAAGCAUGUUUUGUUCUGUGUAUUGCAUUUAAAUUGUCUGUUUCUUGUAUAAUAAAGUGGAGUUGUUGUACCUUAAA